AUGGGGAUUAAGCUCGCCAUCAUCAUCCAGCGAGAGAGGAGAAGAAUGAAGAGGACAUCGACGGUGAUUAAAAGAAUAAGAAGAAGAAGAAGAAGAAGAGACAUGUGCAAGAGCCACAAACCAAUGCCGGAGAUUCCUUUUGAUCUCGUUAUAGAGAUUCUCACUAAACUUUCUGCUAAACCCCUUAUGAGGUUCAAAUCAGUCUCGAAGCUAUGGUCAUCCUUAAUUUGUUCUCGAUAUUUUAGCAACCGUCUGCUAAAGUUAUCGUCCACACCUCGUCUACUUAUGUUUAUGGGCUUCUCCGACAACAGUCACCUCAAAGUCAAAGAUGUACUAGUAUCAUUGUCGCCUUCUCCUGACUCUGACAUUACAAGUACUACGUCUUCCUUUGUAAUAGACCAAGAUUUGACCCUCCCGGCGAUGAAAGGCUACUACAUCUCUCACGUUUUUAGCGGCUUAAUGUGCUUUGCAAAUAAGCUAAGUGUCCAAAUAUACAACACUACCACUAGACAAUUUGUUGUCUUACCUCAAAUAGAAGACUCCAACAUCAUAGCUGAAGAUCACAAACUUACGAAGAUCAUGUACUAUACUGGACAUGAUCCAGUUUAUAAUCAGUAUAAAUUGGUUUGCACAGUUGCAAGACCCAGUGACGAUGUUGAAGAGUGCACGUACCUGUCAGAGCAUUGGGUCUUUCUACUAGGAGGAGAGGGAUCAAGUCGAUGGAAAAAGAUAUCAUGCAAUUCUCCCCCACAUCUUCCUUUGAGUGAAGGAUUGUCUAUCAAUGGUCGUAUGUACUAUCUCGCUUGGGUUCGUUUGCUUCACUGUGUGCUUGUGAUUUUCGAUAUUAAUUCUGAAGAAACUAGUAUGCUCGAAGUACCUAAUGAUAUAUAUUGGCGUGAUACUGGUCUUAUCGAAUACGGUGGCAAAAUAGCCCUUUUACACUAUACCGAUCUUGAAAACGAAGGCGUGAUAGAACUCUGGGUUCUCGAAGAUGCGGAGAAUAAUAUGUGGAGGAGUAAGAUUUUAGUGGUUCAUCCUUCCCAAUUAGCUAUGGUCGAUGGCAUUAGUUUGAGGGUACAGGGUACAACUCGAAACGGCGAAGUUAUCUUGGUACCUGAAGCAAAUCUUUUCAACAUUUUUCUCUAUGAUCUACAAAAGAAUCAUAUAAGAAAAAUUGAAAUCAACGGAGGACCAAACAGCCAUCUUACCAAAAUUUCUGAAGUCGUUGGAUUAGCUGAUGUUGAGAACUUAAUGUAUAUUUAA